AAUAUCACUGGCACGGGAUAAUCAAACUGCGAGAAAACUGGACUACCUUCAGUUUAAGGAUAGUGUCAAGAGAAGCAAUCAAAAAUAAAUUAGCGACCAAAAUAUUAGCGUUCAUAACAGUGCAUUAGAAAGUUGUUCAAUAAAUAUAAUACGAAAGUAUAUUUCUUUGUAGCUGCGAAUUCUAAAACAACAUAAUGGCUUAUUACAAAGGAGCUGCGAGUGAAGGAGGUCGCGCAAUGCAACUUAUGAAAAAGCGCGAGAUUGCUCAGCAGGAAAUUGAAUUGCGCAAGAAAAGGAUCGAGGAAGAUCUCAAAGUUAGUAAUAUUGAGAAUAAGUUUGCUACGCAUUACGAUGCCGUGGAACAGCAGCUUAAAUCCUCAACUAUCGGGCUGGUUACGCUCGAUGAGAUGAAACAGAAACAAGAGGACAUAGUUCGAGAGCGUGAAAGAAAACUAGCACAGAAAAAGGAAGAUAAAGACCGCGAGAAACUGAAGGCUUUGGAAGCCAAACAAGCGGAAAAGGAUCGACAGAAAAGACAAAUUCAAGCAUUAUCAUUCAAUAUAGAGAAUGACGAGCUUGAAGACGAAGAAGAAGAAGAAGAGAUAUUACAAAUUCAGCCGAAAAAAUGGCAAACUGAAUCGACGGGACCUAAAAUAAAAAAGAUUAAAAAGAAUCCAGACGUAGACACUUCCUUUUUGCCUGACCGGGAACGCGAGGAAACAGACAAUAAACUGCGAGAAGAACUUCGCCAAGAAUGGGCUUUGAAGCAGGCUACACUGAAGGAUCAAGAAAUAUCGAUCACUUUCAGUUAUUGGGACGGUUCGGGACACAGAAAAUGUGUAACUAUGAAAAAGGGAAACUCCAUCUAUCAGUUUUUACAGAAAUGUCUCGAGAUGCUUCGUAAAGAAUUUAGUGAACUGAAGACUGUUAUGGCAGACCAACUGAUGUAUGUAAAAGAAGAUUUAAUUCUGCCCCAUCAUUACACGUUUUAUGAUUUCAUCGUAACCAAGGCACGUGGCAAAAGUGGACCAUUAUUCAACUUUGAUGUCAAGGACGAUAUUCGGAUGAUCAGUGACGCAACGGUCGAAAAGGAAGAAUCCCACGCAGGUAAAGUAUUGUUGCGCUCCUGGUACGAACGGAACAAGCACAUUUUCCCUGCCUCACGCUGGGAACCGUAUGAUCCGACGAAAGUGUACGAAAAAUACACAAUUAAGGAUAAAUGCAAAAAAUAAUAAAAUUGUUUUGAAAAACUGUAUAAAUAUAUAUAACCAGCUGACCCAGCGAACUGCA